CAGUACGGCAAAGUCUCUCGUAGGAAUCGCCGUUUGCUACAACUAGCCAGGUUAUCGGAAACUUUGUGAUUGAGUGAAAUUGUUACGUCUUUUCCUCGAACUACAGGAGUGUGUUAAUCUAUUAAUAAUGCUUUAAAUGUCACUCGAUCGAUGGGAGUAUAUUAAUAAAUAUAGGCACGGACCAACAUCCACAAGGAUUUCUAAAGAACAAAAAACUAUAGUCAUGGAAAUAAUUGAAAAUAAGAAGUGAUAAAGUUUUAGCAACGUCAAAAUGCUGGCUGAUGAUGAUUCCCAUAACAGAUACGACAGUGGAGCUCUGGAUGAUACAUUCAGUCUGUUCGAUGAUAAACAAUUAGUAUCUAUAUUGAAACACGGUAACAAUCAGAGUAUAAAAAUCAACGAAUUACUCCGGACUUUAGAGGAUUGGAGGAACAGAUAUAAUAUUACUGUGAUCAAAGAAUGCGAUCGAUCGGACUACUGUUCUGGUGAAUUCCGUGACGUCAUCCUCGGGUACAACGCCAUACAUGGUUACGUCAGUUUAUUGAUUUGUCUUUUCGGUAGUUUAGCGAACGUUUUCAAUGUAGCUGUACUGACUCGGCGAGACCUUGCCGCGGCUCCCAUCAACCGACUUCUGAAGUGGCUAGCUGUUGCUGAUGUCUUCGUCAUGAUGGAAUACGUACCCUUCUCCAUUUAUAGAUAUAUGUUGUUGCCGCGGCAAGAGGAGCGGCCGUACGCAUGGGCGGUGUACAUGCUUUUUCAUAUGCACUUCACACAGCUGUUCCACACCGCCUCCAUACUAUUGACGUUGUCUUUGGCUAUUUGGCGAUAUAUUGCUAUCAAGUACCCAUCGUACGGACCAUCGCUGUGUACCGACCGACGCUGCUCGCUGGCCAUCUUCUUAAGCUUUUUACUGCCACCUAUUUUAUGCAUACCUUCAUAUUUUGUAUUCACAAUACAUGAAGAGGUAUCAUUCGACAAAACCGCAAGCAAAAUUGCAUCGAAAGUUUACUACGUUGAUUCCAAUUACGAAGGAGUACUAUAUCAAUUAAACUUUUGGGUACAUGCGGUGUUCAUAAAACUGCUGCCGUGCGUUAUAUUGACUAUCAUCAGUGCAUGGCUGAUACGAGUGUUGUAUCGAGCUAAUAGUAGGAAGAAAAUGCUAAAAGGUUACAAUGCAUGUCCCGCCAGCAGUGUAGUGGCUACAAAUGGAAACGUCUUCACUAGAAAACUGACGAAGCGAUCCAAAGCUGAAAAGAGGACGGAUCGUACUACCAAAAUGUUAGUAGCUGUGCUACUACUUUUCCUAUUGACAGAAUUUCCUCAAGGUAUUCUAGGUUUGAUGAGCGGCGCGCUGGGUCGUUGCUUCUUUAAGCGAUGCUACGAUCUGUUCGGGGAACUAAUGGAUGCGCUUGCGCUACUGAACGGAGCGAUCAACUUCAUAUUGUAUUGCUCUAUGUCACGUCAGUUCCGGACCACAUUCGGCCAGCUCAUAAGGAACCGCUGUACAGCAACGCCACGCGCAAGCUCACACACUGAACUUCAAACUACAUACGUUUGAAUGGAAGGUCUACUAAUACUACGAGUAUUAAUUAAAUAAGCUAGAAACCCGACUGGGUCUCUAUUACGCUCUGAGGAACACAAAUCGUGUGAUAAACCUUUUGAAAUCGGUUAAGUUAUAUUGUUAUUCGAAUGUUGCGAAUUUCAACAGACGUACUCGUAUGUUGUGCUGUAUCUUUACCUCGGAUCUUAGCAUUUAUAUACAGAAGACUUAGUAAUUAUUAGUUUUAUUUGCAAUACGUGCACUCUAUGUCUAAAUAAACGCUCAUUCUGUUAUAAUUGAGACCAAAGAAGCAUGGUUACAAGAAGAUAAGUUAAAAAAUACUUAUUUCUGAAGAUAUUAAAUAAUUUAAAUUAAAUUGUAAGAAUUAUUGUAUAAUA